AAAGUAGGAGAACCUGGAAAAGGAGCUGGAAAGCUGCUGGAAAGGUUAAACGAAAGCCAAGGAGUGUGUACUGUUCUGGAAGCCAACUGAGAAUGGGUCCAUCUUGGUCUUCCAGUAGAGGAAAAGCAUAAGGAGAGUGUCUACCCUUGUUGUCCUUGGCAACGGAGAAUCUACUCUAGGAACCAUCAAACACCAUGGGGAAGCGGGAUAACCGAGUGGCCUAUAUGAAUCCAAUAGCCAUGGCCAGAUGGAGGGGUCCAACUCAAUCCACAGGCCCAACAAUACAAGAUUAUCUGAAUCGACCGAGGCCUACUUGGGAAGAGGUAAAGAAACAAUUAGAAAAUAAAAAGAAAGGUUCCAAGGCAUUAGCUGAAUUUGAAGAAAAAAUGAACGAAAAUUGGAAGAAAGAACUUGAAAAAAGCAGAGAGAAAUUGUUGAGUGGAAAUGAGAGUUCAUCCAAAAAAAGAGAAAGAAAGAAAAAGAAAAAGAAGAAAUCUUGUCGGUCUUCAUCUUCUUCAUCAAGCUCUGAUUCUUCAAGCAGUUCUACAGAAUCUGAAGAUGAGGAAAAGAAACAGGGAAAGAAGAGAAAGAAAAAGAAGAACCGUUCAUACAAGUCAUCAGAGAGCUCUACCUUUGAAUCAGAAUCAGAGAGCAAAGAAUCUGUAAAAAAGAAAAAGAAGUCAAAGGAUGAAGCAGAGAAAGAAAAGUAUAUUAGAAGCUUCAGCAAAAAAAGAAAGAAGACUCAUCCUGAGGAUAAACCGCUGUCAUCUGAGGCUUCAUCAGAAUCAGAUUAUGAAGAGGAAGUGCAAGCAAAAAAGAAGAGGAAGCAUGAAGAGCAAGAAAAAGCUAUGGAAAAAGUAAAGAAGAAAAAGAAGAAACAGCACAAGAAACACAGUAAGAAGAAGAAAAAGAAGUCUGGUUCAAGUCACAAAUCAGACAAGAUUUCCUAAAGGAAGCAAGAAAAGAAAGGGAGAGAGAGAA